AUGGCUGACGUUGAAAUGAAACCGUUGGAGGAGAAGAAAGAGGAGGAGAAGGAAGAAGAGGUCCCCCCACCGUCACCAGUUGCAGAAAUUAAAUCGAACGCAGGCCUCAUCGAACGCGCGGUGUCUACUCUCGAACCACGGUUUACCCAUCGCGUUCUGCGAACUUUGACAUCGUUGAGGAAAAAGCUGGAUGAUAGGGUACUUUAUGAAGCAGUCUCCGAAAUUUACCCAGCAGAGUCCUCCGUGAAAAGCGCGCUGUUCAAGUGGAUUCCAACUCCUUCGUCAGAAGAGCAGUCCAUGGAUGUUGAUGCUGCUACAGACAAGACUGUCGCAACCAUUGAACCGGUUCCAGAAGUCGAAUUCUAUCUUCGACUUCUGAUCCUGCACCAUCUCUUGACGUCCCAGAGCACUUACGGCAAAGCUAUGGAGCUCGUUCAGGAGACCGUGCAGAAGAUGCAGGCUCUCAGCCGUCGAAGCAUGGAUCCUGUGGGUGCCAAGAUCUGGUUUGUCGUGGAGAGAACAUACGAGCUCACAGGAGAGCUCUCGGAUGCUCGACCGCAACUAUUGCUAUAUACUAGACUGUUCCUCGCCGCCCAACGCACUGCCUCUCUUCGCCAUGAUGACGAAACCCAAGCUUCCCUGAUUAACUGCCUUCUUCGUUCAUACCUUCACUACUCCCUCUACGACCAAGCAGACAAACUCGUCUCGAAAACCACCUUCCCGCCUUCUGCUGCCAAUGCCCAAUACGCCCGCUACCACUACUAUCUCGGCCGUAUCAAGGCCGUUCAGCUCAACUACACCGCCGCACACACAAAUCUCCAACAAGCUAUCAGACGUGCCCCGCCACCGAAGACCGCUCCAGGAUUCUGGCAGGCUGCCCACAAACUGUUCGUAGUCGUGGAGAUGCUGAUGGGUGACAUUCCGGAGAGAAGCACUUUCAGACAUCCUGUACUCGAGAAGGCUUUGAAUGCCUACUUCGAGAUCGUGAAAGCCGUCCGAACAGGAUCCCUCUCCGAAUUUCAGACGACCCUCUCCACUCACGCCUCUCAAUUCGAAAGUGACAAGACUUACACUCUCAUCGUCCGUCUCCGGCAAAAUGUCAUCAAGACCGGUAUUCGUCGUCUCUCUCUUUCUUAUUCCCGCAUAUCUCUCCGCGAUAUCUGCGUGAAACUGCACCUCGACUCCGAAGAAGACGCAGAGUAUAUCGUUGGCAAAGCUAUCAGGGAUGGUGUCAUUGAGGGAAGGAUUGUGCACGAGAAAGGGUGGAUGGAGUGCGGUGGUGCCAAGGGUGGCUAUGGACCCGAAGUCAGCGAACGGUUCGGGCGGAGAAUCGGGUUCUGUUUGGACUUGCAUAAUCAGAGUGUCAAGGCUAUGCGUUAUCCACUCAAUGCACACCGGAAGGACUUGCAAGCUGCGGAAGGUGCGCGGGAGCGUGAGAAAGAGUUAGCGAAAGAGAUCCAAGAGGGGGAUCUGGACGAAGACGAUGUAGGUGGUGACCUAUGA